GGGUGUUCCAGGAUCCGGAGCAUAAAAGCCUAGUUCCUUAGAACUACAGCUCCCACAAUACCCGUCGGACUACGACUUCCAGCAACCUCCUCGUCACCGACAAACGGUCCAGCAGCCACAUCGGAUCCGGAGGCGGCGGCCGCAGCAGCGGAGAGAGCAGCUGGAGGCGAUGGCGGCGGGAAGUGACUUGUUUAACCCCGGGACGGAGGAGGAGGGUCCAGGGCUCAGUGCCAAGACGCUGCUGCCCAAGCUGCUGCCUACGGGCUUAGCCGGCCGGGAAUGGCUGGAGCAGCGCCGGGCCACCAUCCGGCCCUGGGGCCCCUUCCUGGAUCAGCGGCGCUUCUCACGGCCUCGGAACCUGGGCGAGCUGUGCCAGCGCCUGGUGCGAAACGUGGAGCAUUACCAAAGCAACUAUGUCUUCGUCUUCCUGGGCCUCAUCCUGUACUGCGUGGUCACGUCUCCCAUGCUCUUGGUGGCCUUGGCCGUCUUCUUCGGAGCCUGUUACAUCCUCUACCUGCGCACCCUGCAAUCCAAGCUGGUCCUCUUUGGCCGAGAGGUGAGCCCAGCGCAUCAGUAUGCCUUGGCGGGGGGCAUCUCCUUCCCGUUCUUCUGGCUGGCUGGAGCUGGCUCAGCUGUCUUCUGGGUCUUGGGAGCCACCUUGGUGGUCAUCGGAUCCCAUGCAGCCUUCCACCAGCUGGAGGCAGCUGCCGAUGGGGAGGAGCUGCAGAUGGAGCCUGUGUGAAGGCCCCCAGCCAGAGCCAAGGAGACCAAGCCUGCUGGCCCCCGUCCUGUGCCCAACCUUUCCAGCCUUGCCUGGGGGCUCACCCCAGGAGAGCAGAUGGAGAGUUUGGAGCCUGGCCAAGAAUAAAGCCCAGCUCUCUACAUAGGAGUGUGGCCCUGGCCAACACCCCCUCAUUGUGUGCCCUUCAAUAGCAUGAUAUUUCUGAUGAA